GCCAGUGAAGCCAUCUCCUCACAGGUCAGACACAAACUCUUCAGACACCAUGUGGACCUUCAUUGCAGCUUUCGUCCUUCUGACAGCUGGACACAGAGCAGAGGAAUAUGUCAAUACUUUGCAAGACACUUUGAGUGCUCUUUGUCCAGACAACCACACCAUGUCUCAGAUCUCAUGCUCCCACAGUCCCACUUACAACGAUCGCCAAUGGAAGAUUGAAUGCAAGGCUUUCGAGACAACCGAAGAUUGCUCCUGGACGGGUUUCCACAACUUAUAUGAGACAGAACUCAACUUCAACUGCCCGGCCAAUCAUGUGAUUACUGGUAUCUUCAGUGACUUCAGCAUCCAACAUGGAGGCAGAAAAUGGAAUUUCAGAUGCUGCUCUGCUCCAAAUUUUACCACAUUUGAAUGCCGGGACACCCCAAUGGUGAACUACUGGGAUGAAGACUUUAUCUGGCACAUCCCUGGAGACAACUUCCUAACAGGCGUCCAUACCCACCACAAGAACAACAAUGGAGAUCAUCGCUGGAGUUUCAGUUACUGCAGAGGAACAACAGAAGACUUUCAGACAGUCAAUUCACAAAUCCUUGCUGCAAACAAACCAAUAGAAAGCAAGUUAACUGAGGGAGAUGUUGCCGUCUCAAAGACAAGGAAUGCAAGAAUUUGUGAUAACUGCAAAUGGCCAAAGUCAAGUCAGAUAGUCCAAGUGCCAUAUGCCAUAAGUGAGUCCUUCUCCAGCUCCGACAGGAGCAAGAUUGACGCAGCUAUCAGUGUCUUCCACCUGAGCACCUGCAUCCGGUUUGUUCCACAUACAGGUCAGACCAACUACAUCAGCAUCGUGAAAGGUGAAGGAUGUUGGUCGAAUGUUGGACAAAUCGGAGGGUCUCAACAGUUAUCACUAGGUAAAGGAUGCAUUUAUAACGGCAUCAUUCAGCAUGAACUCAUUCACUCACUCGGCUUCUGGCAUGAGCAAAGUAGAACUGACAGGGACAUUUACGUCAAGAUUAACUAUGAAAAUAUCCUGGAUGUACACGUAAAUAACUUCUACCCACAUGAGACAAACAACCUCAACGUACCAUAUGACUACAGCUCUGUGAUGCAUUAUGGUCCAAAGGACUUCUCCAAGAAUGGACAGGAUACCAUCACUGCCCUCGAUGCAUCAGCAGUGAUCGGCCAGAGGGCAGGCAUGUCCGACACUGACAUCCUGAUGCUCAACAGGCUUUAUGGCUGCAAGGAUUACCUUCAUAAAAACGGCAACUGGGACAAUGAGUUUAAUGGCACUUUGAGUCGCCAGUGUCCUUCUGGCCAGGCUGUUUCCAGCAUCACAAGUGAGUACAAUGGUGAGACAAAGGAUCGACUCUGGAGAGUUUCAUGCAAGGCUUUCACUAAAACCAAGAUGUGCCGCUGGUCAGAUUAUGUGAAUGGCUUUUCACAAGCCAUCAACUUCUCAUGUGGAGAAAACAAAGUGAUUGCAGGGGCCCACAGCGAACACAGCAGCAUCCAGGAGGACAGGAGAUGGAAGUUUUACUGCUGUGGUGCCACUAACUUCAUCACAUUCAACUGCAAAACAACUCCAGUGAUCAACUUCUGGCAGGAAUACUUCAGCUGGCCAGUCCCCAGCAGCAACUUCCUAACAGGAGUGAAGAGCUCCUUUGACAGCAACAGUCACGACCGUCGAUGGAGUUUCUCAUACUGCCAGGGGAAAACUCAGUGAAGCUUCCAUGAAUGAGAAGGUUUCUGAAAAGCUUUUCUGAUGAGUCCCAAUAAUGCACCAAACUGACUGCUGCAGAAUCUGGUCUGCAAACAAAACCCUCAAUUUGUUCAUUGUGUGUUGAUGCAAAGGCUCAAUGACUUCCUGAAAGUCGUCCCCUGUUGUCACAGUGUCUAAGAUUGAUGGACUCUGUAUGUUCAGCAGCUUGCAGGGUAGAUGUGUCACUGUUUGUGUUUUAUGUUUGUCAUGUUCAGUAUUUGCAUAAUUAUGUUGUGUAAUGAAUUGUUGAUCUGGAUCAGAUCAUUGGGUCGUCCUGAUGAAACAUGGUUUUGUGAUGAAAGAUUUUAUACGUGAUCCUGACUUGACUUGAAAAACUUGAAAACGAAAUGUGUAUAUGUAUGUAUGUAAAUGCUUUUUG